UCCGCCUCCCGGGCGGCGGCGCUCCCGCCCCGCCCCGCCCCGCCGUGCCCGUGUGCGCGGGGAGCAGCGCUCCGCUCCGCGGGGCGCCAUGGGGCGGGCGGGCCGCCGGCUGCCCGCGCUGGCAGCGCUCUUCUACGGGGCGCUGGCGGCCCUGGUGCUGCUGGGCGUGCGGGACGUGAUGUUCCUCUACGAGGAGAACCGGUGCAGCAUGACCUACAUGUACGAGUACCCCGAGUACCUGAAAAUAAAACUACCCAAGAAAACAGCCAGACGAUACCCAGCAUAUGAGCUGUAUCUCUAUGGGGAAGGGAACUAUGCUGAAGAAAACAAACAUCUCCUAUUGACAGGAAUUCCAGUUCUUUUUCUGCCUGGAAAUGCUGGCAGUUACAAACAAGUACGUUCUCUUGGCUCCAUUGCACUUAGAAAAGCAGAAGAUGUUGACUUCAAGUAUCACUUUAAUUUCUUCAGUGUCAACUUUAAUGAGGAAUUGGUUGCAUUGUAUGGUGGUAGCUUGCAACGACAGACCAAGUUUGUGCAUGAGUGCAUAAAAGUAAUUCUUAAGUUGUACAAGGAUCGAGAAUUUGCACCGAGCAGUGUAGCAAUAGUUGGGCAUUCCAUGGGUGGUCUUGUUGCAAGAGCAUUGCUCACUCUGAAGAAUUUUAAGCCUGAACUUAUAAACCUGCUCAUUACACAAGCCACACCUCACGUUGCACCUGUAAUGCCUUUAGACAAAUAUCUUACUGAUUUUUAUACAGCUGUAAACAAUCAUUGGAUUCUAAAGGCCCAAGAUUUAAGAAAUUUAACUACCCUUUCUGUGGCGGGAGGAUUCAGAGAUUACCAAGUUCGUUCAGGACUGGCUUUUCUACCAAGAUUGAGUCAACAUGACAGUGCCUUAUCUGUUGUGAGCUCAGCUGUGCCUCGAGCUUGGGCCUCAACUGACCAUCUCUCCAUAGUGUGGUGCAAGGAACUGAUCCUGGCUACCAUUAGAGCUUUUUUUGAUCUCAUAGAUGAAAACACAAGGCAGAUAACUGAGGAUCCAAAGAAAAGAAUGUCUGUACUGAAUCACCACUUUGUGAGACACCCUGCAAAGAUGUUUGAGGAAAAUCCUGAAGCUUUUACACACCUCACAGGAGCUUUCAAUUGGAUUACAGUCAAAGCCUCAAAAUGGACUUACUCAGUUUACAAUGAUUCUGAUGGAAAAUAUUUUGCAUUUCCUCUUGCAAGCCACAGAAAAUCAUACAGUCAUGUUUACUGUGAAAAUAGUAUGUUGGACACAAGUAGCUGGAUUUAUGGCUGCAUGAACACUAAUUCAUCAAUGUGCCUGGAAGCUGCUGAUUUAUCCUGGAGAGCUGAGUUACUUCCAACCACCAAGGUUGUGAUGCUGAAACUUCUGGACUAUCCUUCCUUGUCCCACAUUGUCAUUCAGGUACCACCUGCAGUUGGCAAUAAGUAUACUUUGGGCUGUGAGUUCUUCACAGAGGAUUCCAGAACAGUCCAGCUCCCUGUAACACAUCUUUUUUCAUUUGGGUUUUCUUCAAGCAAAAUUCUAUUAAAUUCAACUGGAUUAUUUUACAAUGUACAGCUCCAGCACUUCAACCAAAUAUAUCAAGCUUUCAAAAUUUAUAUAGACAGUCACUGCCAGUCACUCAAAGAAAGAAAACCAAGUGUUUACAGACUUCAUAUUCCCUGGUCAUAUGAAGACUCAAUAACUGUAGCGAAAGUUCCAUCUCUUGCUGAGAUUUCUGCCAAACUGCACGUGGCUCAGCCUCACGGUGACAGCAGCCUUCCAGAGUUAAACAUCUACUCUUCCCCAGACUGUCAGUAUGAAGUAAUUCUGAAGACAUCACUUCUACAGGUCCUUGGCCAAAUAGUAAGAUUCCAUGCUGGUGCUUUUCCAGUCUAUAUUGUUUCUAAUAUUCUUCUUACUUAUGGAGGACAGCUGAGCACACUAAGAUCAACAGGCCAGUGUUCAGACUUCUCCCUCGAGCUAGUUAGGACAGCAAAGCCCUACAAAGUAGAACCUCUUAUAAGCAUUGUUGUGUUUCUGCAGGGGUUUAACUGGUUUAGAGAGAUAUGGGAAUCACUGUCACUACCAGAGGUGGAUGCUGCUGUACUGAGUAGUCAGGAUGCAUGGUUCCCCCUUGUGUCCCUGAUUCUAUUUCUUUUUGGGACAGGCAUUGCCUACUGGAGUGGAGUAUUUUUCUCUACAUCUCUGAGACUCUUCUCUUCAUUAUGGUUAACUCUGAUUAGACCUACUGAACUUCAGAAAGAUGAUAAGUUGAUUACACCCAGCAGACUCUGUGGGAUGAUAUCUCUUGCUUUGGUUAGCUGGACCACUUGUGGUGCAUUUGCUGUGCUCAUUAUUUAUCUUCAAUACUUGUUCAAGGUUGUAAAACUGCAUGUAACUGUAAGAGCAGAGCAAAACAGGCACAACAGGGAUUCAGGCCACUCAAAAGAAACUUCACAGAACUCCAGUACACACACAGUCAAAGCCCAGAGUUCAGUGGACAGCAUUCCAGAAGCAACACAGUCUCCUUCCAACAGUAAAACACUUGCUGAAGCUGUUAACAGUCUUAAGAUGCACAUUACAGUCCUCAAUUUAUUCACGUGGAUUGUGCUGCUCAACUUGCCAUCUUUAAUUUAUUGGUUAAAAAAUCUCAGGUACAAUGUUAGACUUGAUCCUGAUCCCUGUAGAUCCACAGCUAUUAUCCUCGUAUGCAUCUUAGAAAUUCUAAUGAAUUCAAGUACUUCUGAAGUGAAAUCAAGUAAGCUCUUGAAGAUUGCAGCCAAAGUUCCACUCCCUUUGUCUGUUGCAAUGCUGGCCUUUGGACGAAUCCAUUUAUACAGAGUCCCACACUUUGUAACCUUUUCUCUUCUUCUACAUGUGCUGUGCUGUUUUGUGUAAUGUUCAUUCUAUAUAGGACAAUGCACCCUAGAAACUUAACACUGGAGAUGGGAAAAAUUGCAACACAGAAAUGCCUAAACUAACAUGAUCAGUAGUUUACAUUACAUGGGAAAGAGGACAGAACUGUGAAUACUUUACAGAAAAUUCAUGGUUUAAUUCACGUUGCUUAGAAAACUUUUCCUGGUGUUUAUUUCAUGUCUCUGAAAAUGGAGUGACUUAACUGUGUAUAAGCACAUGACUCAUAUCAGUGCAACAUCUCAAUACUCUGCCUUGUAGACACUUUUGUAUUUCACUGUACUGCUUGUGAAAACAGACCUUUUUUACUCACUGUGCCAUGCAGUGUCUGUGUUCUGAACUUGCAUCUCUUGCAGGUCUUAAGUAUGCUGGUUAAAACUCAAUACAUUUCAAGCACACUGUGACUAUCACAAAAACCACACAGCCAAGUAUACUUUGAAUUAAUUUAUGUUAUAUCCAAAAGCUGCCACAUUUGUGUCUAGACAAACUAGAAUGUACUGCUUAUAUAGAACUGUUAUUUCUAUCAAAUCAUUUGUUCAAUCAGUGUGAGUUGAACAUUUGUGAGAUUAUUGCAAGUCUUACACAUUUUACUUUUUGUGAGAGUGAGAAGACAACAGUAUUCUAUGUAGCUUUCUAUUCAGGAAGGAUACCAGCAGAUUCAUAAACAAUUUGCUGUAAUGUUGUUUUAAAACAUUGUCAGUUUUCUCUGGAAUCUUGAAAUUAAUCCUUGGACUUUGUCCAUAUGUAGAAGCUAGCAAACGCUGAGAUAUGGUGUGAGUUAACAGUGCAUUUGCUGCACUCUUUCUAAGUAGGCAAGGCAGGCUUUUUUCCUAUUGUAAACAGAGAACCAACCAUCUCCUAAUGAAUGCCAAUACAUGAAAUUAAUAUGGAAUAGUUACAACCCUGCUAGCUCCUGUCCUGCCAUACAGUGCUGACUUCUGCAUGUGGGCAAACUCAGUAAUAGUGGGAAAUACUGACCAUAAUUAUUAGCUCUGUAUAAAUUCUAUCUUAGUGCCUAGAUGCUACAGUGACUGCCAUUUAUAAUAAAGCCUACAAUAGCUAUGUGUAAGGAAUUGUGUCCCCUGGGCAUGUGUUUUGCCAACAGAAGAAAUCUCAGCAGUCCUUAGGUUUAAAUGAUGUAUUGAUUCUGUGUAGAGAUGAGCUUACUACUUGCUUCUGUGUUAGCUGUCUCUGCUGUGUCUGAGAUACCUGUGACCUUCAUCUGGAAAUACUAGACCAGCUCAAUCAUCUUAUAGGAAUAGCAAGAGGAAAUCUGCUGCUCACAGUCAAUCAAGUAUACUCUUGAUACAGUAGUACAGCCAGCCUGACCCAUUAAUUCCAUCACAUUUUAAUAAUCUUGCCUAAGUGCCUCCGUUAUUUCUAAGGUGUUGUUAGGGUCAAUUCCUUUGAGCUGGCUGGAAAGACUCAGUUCACACAGUGACUUUCCAAAAUGAAGGACAAAUAAGAAAGCCACGUGUGUUUUGUUUGCUUAUAUCCAUGUCAGCAGUUCAAGUUAUUAAUAAGUCAUUAAAAGUGCAGUAACUGAGUAAGGGUAUUGUAGUUAGCCAAACCACUGUCACUGUUAUCAGUAAUCUGUGUGCUGGUAUUCAAGUCUUAAUUUUUUCAAAAAAGAGGGUUAGAUUAUAUAUAGUCUUUGUAAAUCAGAAAAGUUAUCUGAAUAGAUGAUAUCUUGAUAUUUUCUAAUCAAAUGUAUGCUACAUUAAUAUAUGUAUAUAAGAUAAUUUGUGUGACUUAAUAUACUUGUAGCUAAAUGCACCAGUUGGUUUAACUAGAAAUUGCUGUUCAAACAUAGAAGAGAGUUGUUAUACUUGGAAAUGGCUGUGAAUGAAAAAUGGUGGCAGAACUGCUUUUAGGGCUGGCAAAGGGCUGUGAAAUGUGCAGGGUCUGAUUUCUGUGGAAGAUAGUUUUCCUUGACUUUUGUGGUCCAUUUGGCUUACUACUCUAUUUUGCUUCUGAUCCAUUUGUUGGAACUGUUGGAAAUGAAACAGACUUGAUAUUUAGUAUCUUUGAUAGCUUUCAAAAUAUGCCAUAAAAUGAAACCUACUGAAUUACAGCAGCAUAGGAUAACACGAUUUUUUUUUCAUUUGAUGAUUUUUUUUUUAGCUGGAGUUCUAUUGAUGAUUGUUAGAACUCUUCAUAAAGUGAAUUCUGGUAUCUUGUGUAUUUUCCUGCCUGAUUUUCAAGUUGGAGGUAGGAAUAGGUAUAAUCCUGAGUCUGAGAUCCCAGAUAACGAGAGUUUUUCAUAUCUUCCUCAACAAUUUAAAUGCCUUGUGUGCCAUUUAAUAUAUUUAAACUGUUGUCAGGGAUGUGUGUCUGGAUUGUGCAGUGAUCAUGGACUGGACAACUUCAACUGUUUGGUGGAUUAGGAGUCUAAUCCCAAUUAGAUUUGCCAUACAAUCAAUGGAUGGUAAUAGGAUUAGAACAAGUCUUAGAAUUCAUCCCAUUCUGAGAGAGGAUGAAUUCUCCUACUUGUCAUUCUGAAAAGGACUAGAUUUUGUAACAGUCUGAAAACAGUUGUUCUUCAGGUAAAAUACAAUUUGCUGUUACUUCUGAACAAGAAGCUUCUGUUAGGUGAAUUUGUAGUUCUGCUAAUGUUCAGUUAUUUCAGCAGAAACAUAUGAUAACCCAAUAUAUCGAUGUAUAUCUAUGCUGUUAAUUGCAUAUAUAAGGAGAUGUAAAUAUUACUGAAAUAUCCUUUAUUAUGAGUGGUCUGCAUAUAAAACAGCUUUUGGCAAAUACACUAUAAUAUCUCUUACCAGCUUUAAUUACAUUAAAAUUCCACUUUAUUUUUCACAUUUUAAAUUAUCUAGACUGCGUGGGAGGAGACCAGGGCACAAAUUGUAAGGAUUUAGACCUCAGGAUGCAUUUAAAAUAAGAACUAUCUAUGUGGAUUUAAUACAAUUUUUUUUAUAAGCUAUCAGAAACAGAAUGAGGAAACAGGGUAAGAACUUAAAAUACUAAAUGCCACUAACUUCUGGAACAGCAGAAUCUUUCUUUGCCAGGGAGAGAUUUAAUGAGAAGCUUUGGAUGAUAGCUUCAUACCCUGAAAUUACUCUGGACAUCUAUAAUCCUUUCUGCUUGAUGUCAUCAAACAUGUUCCUCACAGUCUCAUCAUGCUGCAUGACACGUGUAGCUAACACUUCAUAGAAAGUCUCUAUGUGUCUGAUAGGGAAAAACUCACAUCUUCACUGGAAUGACCAAAUGUACCUUGGAACUGAGUGAAUUAUGUUGUCCAAAGCUAAUCUUAGUUGUGAUUUAAAAGUUGCAGUUUGGGGGUUUUGGUGGGAGGUUUCUUUGUAUGUUUUAUUUCCAAGAAACCUGCAGUAAAUGGCAUUUAAGUUAAUAUUAUUUCUGACAUUUAGAGUUCUGCCCUGAUUCUGGUUUUGAGUGAGCUAAUUCACAUAGCAAACCAUUCCUUACUAUUAAUUUGCUAUGUUUCAAGACAAAUAGAUGAACAAUGACAAAACUGUAAGCAGUGCAGUAAUGCAUUGCAGAAGGCAUAGAGACUGCUGGUAUGUCUAAGUGAAUUUUUCAUCUAUAACCUAAUUGGACUAACUUUAAAGUCAUUGAUUAAUAAAAUAAAAUGUAUUGACAUUUAACCUCAAAAGCAUUGCAUAUGUCAAUGUUUGAUACAUCUCAUUUUCCAUGUGUUUGCCAGUAACAAGUGAUAAACUCACUUGGUGUUCUUCUGAAAUCUGAUAAAUCUGAUCCAUCUGACAGCACAGAAUAAAGUCUGUUAUGUAGUCAUUAAUAAAUGUAAACAUUUGAGAAACUUCCAUUUGAAUCAAGUUAUUUCAAUACAGGGUUGAGUGUGUUUAGACUUUUGUUGCAUUUAUACUGAGAUAAAACCAGCCAUUUACUGACCUGUAAUACUCCAAGCUAUGAAAAUGUUUUUGGAAGUGCAUGUAGAGUCUGUACAGAAUUGUACUGCUGUUCUAAGUCACUAAGCUACUAGAAAAUUGCUAGUUGUAAAGUAGACUGAAUUCUUAGUGCUUAUUUUCCAUUUAAUGUUUUAAUGAAUAAUGUUUCUCACUUAAUUUACAGCUUUGACUUUUUGCGUCUCCUUUUUUUUUCCAGGAGAAAAUCAGUCUAGCUUUUGUAAGCAUUUGCACUGUAAAAUAUAAAAUGUUCAUCACAGUUCCUUUAGGGGAGUUAUACUUUUGUCACCAAAGCUACAUGCUGCUGUUGUAUAACCUCUAGGAAAUAUGUGACAAUGAAGGACAAUUCAAAACUAGUCAGGUUUUUAUUUUAAAGUACAAUUUCUGCCUUUUUUUUUUAAAGCCAGAACUUUGAACUAGAAUGUUAGAAUCCAUAAAGUCUUAAAAAAUUUGAAAACCUUUUGCAAAGACUAUGCUUUCUGAUGUAUAUUUUUAUUUAUGGGUGAAUGUGUUCAAAGCUUUUAAUCAGCUCAUCUAUCUUCAAACUCAAAUAAAAAGUAUACACUUUGUCUUAUUAGUAGGCACUGCUGCUUUUAAAAAUGAAUUUUAAGUAUUUAGAGAGAAAAUUCCAUAGCUUUUACUUAAGCAAAUCUGCCCAGCCCUCAAUUUUUCAGGUGUCUAAGCACAUAACUGCCUCAAAUAUGUGCUUAUUGCCUUGUAGGAUGAAAACCUGAACUGCGAUAUUUUGAAUUUAUUUUCUUAAGAUGUAAGGUUUCUUUCUGCAUUUUUAAAUGUAGACAGAUUUUGCUAUUCAUGCUGUCAUAAACAAACCUUGUAAGCAUUGCCUCCCUGCAGUUAUUGGCAGCUUCUGCUCUGGAUUCCGUAGGAAUGUGUGAAGUCAGAGCUGAGUUUGUCUCUAAAAAUCAUAAUAUUUGUUAUUUGUGGCACAUCAUUGCAGGUCCUCCUUGCCCAUGCAGCUCUCUCUGCUUUGCAGUGUCCCUGGCAGGAAGUGCAGCAGCUGUGUCCUGUAGACUCCUGUUUGUUAAAAUAUCAGCCAAGUGUUUUCCCCCUCCAACUUCAAUAAUUUCAGGGUAUAUCUAAGUAUCAAAUGUGCAAGUGUGUUGAUGUUUAUUUUUACAAAAGGCUAAGUGCACUAUUUUAGGAUCCAUUCAGGCUUCAGUAUUUUCCACCCACUUCAGUCUGAGUUUGGAGACAGGAUUUGAGACUGCAGCACCUGACAGCUGGAACACUUUACAGAAGUCUACAGGUAGUAGACAGGACACAUAUAAUUAGAGUGCCAGACCAAAACUGAAAUGUGAAAUUUCUCACUGUGACUUUAAACUUGUAGCUUUCUAGAGGGAAAAAAAAAUAAAAUAUAUAUAUGUA